UUCAUCGUCUGGUAAGCAAAUUCGUGGCUGUGAGUGGACUUUGAGUAAAAACGCAUGUUUAUUAAUAAUAUUUCACAUAUUUUAUAGGGCUUUUUUAUAAUGACUUAAUCGAAAAGUAUUAAAACGGUGCGCCACUUGGCAGCACAAAAAUAACUUCAACUCCCGAAGUCCUUGUCGGUUCACUUCAGGACGACAGGAGCGAGCCCCAUAGAAUCUCAUACAAACUAUCGCUCCUCCUCAAUCAACCGAAUGUUGACGUUUACAACAGGGACUACAGCCCGCUCCUCUACAGCUUGCUGACAACACGGGCUGGACUUUCCAGCCGAGACUUGAGGGAGAAACGUCUAGUGCAAUUCCAGCAAGAUAAGGUUGAAUGUAUCAAAUUUAGGAAAUGGGCGACAGAAACGACAGAGUCCCCAUGAUGACAGGCAGGACAAGAAGAUCAACCAUCGGCCCCACGCCAGCGGGGGGCAAUUCGAAACAUGCCAAUGGCAGCAAGCAGAGCAGCGCAUGGGAAAAAACGCCAAGCCAUCCGAGCCACAGCAACGGGAAGGUGAAGAAGGAAAAACAGGUGCACGAGCCGGUCAGGACACCACAGGAGAGGAGCAAAAUCUGCGAAAGACUCAGCUGCCAUGUCCUCCAGGAGUCCCUGCUCAGCUCAGCCAGUGGAUACAGUAACUAUAGAGGCAUCCUCAACUGGUGUGUGGUCAUGCUGGUCUUGAGCAAUGCACGCCUUUUCCUGGAGAAUCUUCUAAAAUAUGGGAUAUUGGUGGACCCCAUCCAAGUUGUUUCACUGUUCUUAAAAGACCCAUAUAGCUGGCCUGCACCAUGCCUUGUCAUUGUCUCCAACGUGUUCGUAAUGGCAGCUUUGUACACGGAGCGGAGGCUAUCCAUGGGCACCAUCUCAGAGACGACUGGAACAUUCCUUUACUUGGUCAAUCUGACUACCCUCCUCUGUUUCCCAUCAGCCACUGUGCUCACGCUGACCUCCAUGACCCCAGCUGGUGGAGUCUUUGCCCUGGGUGUGUACACCAUCCUCUUCAUGAAGCUGUACUCCUAUAAAGAUGUUAACAUGUGGUGCAGAGAGAUUAGACAUACCAAAGCCCGCACCCUGACCCGCUCCCAUUCAUGUCCAUCUGUGGCCCAGUCAAAUGGAUCAGCUGUACAUGCUCAUGUGUCCUACCCUGGGAAUCUCACACACAGAGAUAUCUAUUACUUUGUGUUUGCCCCAACACUCUGCUAUGAGCUGAACUUCCCCCGGUCACCACGGAUACGCAAGAGCUUCCUGUUGAGGAGACUCUUUGAGAUGCUUUUCUUCAUACAGUUACUGAUUGGAUUGGUACAACAGUGGAUAGUGCCGACGAUUCAGAAUUCCAUGAAACCAUUCCAGGAUAUGGACUUUUCCAGAAUGAUGGAGCGCAUGUUGAAACUGGCUGUUCCCAAUCAUUUAAUCUGGCUCAUCUUUUUCUAUUGGUUUUUCCACUCUUCCAUGAACUUCGUAGCUGAGCUGAUGCAGUUUGGAGACAGGGAGUUUUACCGGGACUGGUGGAACUCUGAGACGGUCACUUACUUCUGGUCUAACUGGAACAUUCCUGUGCACAAGUGGUGCCUCCGCCACUUUUACAAGCCCAUCAUGAGGAGGGGAACGAAUAAGUGGGUCGCCCAGACGGCCGUCUUCCUGGUCUCCGCCUUCUUUCACGAGUACUUGGUGAGCGUUCCUCUGAAAAUGUUCAGACUGUGGGCGUUUAUGGGCAUGAUGUCUCAGAUUCCACUCGCCUGGUUUGUCGGCCGCUUCCUGAGAGGUAACCAUGGCAACGCCGCAGUCUGGAUCUCGCUCAUUAUUGGCCAGCCCGUCGCCGUGCUGAUGUAUGUCCACGACUACUACGUAAUACAUUACAUGUCACAAUCAUGAACAGUUGGUCGCAAGCAGAGGAGCAAUACAUUAUACUAAAGGACAAAUUGAAUGUCAAAUGUUUACUUUGAAAGGGAAAUCUAAAUGAAUCUUGACUGAAUAGUAAGAAUGUUACACUAAGUAAAUAGUUUGGCCUCCAGAAACCAUUUCUCUAAUGCACUUAUACAUCAGAGAGACUUGGAUCCCGUCCUAUCAUUGCUGUGAAACACUGCCCUGACAAAACUAGAGAACAUUUGUAGGCCUUUUCUCUGUUUCUUACUUAGUCUACAACUAUGAAGAUCAAUGCAGACAUUCCUAUAGAUAAACCUUACUAUCGGUAUGCUGCUUUUUCUCAUGCGUUUGACACGUCUUUUUUGCCUUUUGAUUAAAUGAUCAGAGUAUUUUUAUUUGAAGUUGUGUGAACUCAUGUGGCUGCAGUAAUAACCAGUCACAUGUAUUGUGCAUAAGUCAAGCCAAAUCUGUUAUUACACUUGUGAAACUGUAAUGUGUUUGCACUACAAUGCAUGCUGUUUGCUAAUAAAUAGACACUUUUCUUUA